GGAGUGACUCCCAGCUGUACGUCUGCUGCAUCUUCAGCUUGACUCUGAGAUAAAAUGGCGUCCAAGUUAGAGGAAAAUCUGAGCUGUCCGGUCUGCCUCGAGAUCUUUAAAGAUCCAGUGAUCCUGUCCUGCCUCCACAGUUUCUGUAAAGACUGUCUGCAGAGCUGCUGGAAGGAGAAGGAGAACCAGGAGUGUCCACUCUGUAAGAAGAGACAUUCAAAUGAUUUACCUCCUAACUUUACUUUAAAGAACCUGAGUGAGAGUUUUCUGCAGGAGAGAGAUCAGAGAGCUUCAGAGGAUCUCUGCAGUCUGCACUCUGAGAAACUCAAACUCUUCUGUCUGGACCAUCAGGAGCCGGUGUGUCUCGUCUGCAGAGAUUCAGAAAAACACUCGGAGCACAGAUUCAGACCCAUCGAUGAAGCUGCUGGACAACACAAGAAGAAACUUCAGGAAACUCUGGAGCCGGUAAAGAAGAAGUUAAAAGUUUGUAAACGAGUUAAAGUGAAGUUUGAUCAAACAGCAGAACACAUUCAGGUCCAGGCCCGACACACAGAGAGGCAGAUUAAGGAGCAGUUUAAGAAGCUUCACCAGUUUCUAGAAGAGGAAGAGGAGGCCAGGCUGUGUGCACUGAGGGAGGAAGAGGAGCAGAAGAGUCAGAGGAUGAAGGAGGAGAUGGAGGCUCUGAGCAGAGAGAUAGCAGCUCUUUCACACACAGUCAGAGACACAGAGGACGAGCUGAGAGCUGAAGACGUCUCAUUCCUGAAAAACUACAAGGCUGCAGUGGAAAGAGUCCAGCAGCGCCCCCUGCUGGAGGAUCCACAGCUGCCCUCAGGAGCUCUGAUAGACCAGGCCAAACACCUGGGCAACCUGAGCUUCAACAUCUGGAACAAGAUGAAGGACAUGGUCUCCUACAGUCCGGUCAUUCUGGACCCAAACACUGCUCGUCCAGUCCUCAUCCUGUCUGAAGAUCUGACCUGUGUGACACGAGGAGAGAGACAGCAGCUUCCUGAUAAUCCAGAGAGGUUUGAUUCUUUCUGGUCUGUCCUGGGCUCUGAGGGAUUUAACUCAGGGACUCACAGCUGGGACGUCCAGGUUGGAGACAGUACAUGCUGGACACUGGGUGUGUUAGCAGAGUCUGUAAAGAGGAAGGGACUCAUACAGUCUGGAUUUUGGAGAAUAUGGUUCAAAGAUGGUAAAUACAAAGCACUCUCCUCAUCACAUCCAGUCACUGAUCUCUCAGUGAAGAAGAAGCCUCAGAGGAUCAGAGUGAAUCUGGACUGUAACAGAGGAAAGCUGUCGUUCUCUGAUCCUGAUACUAACACACACAUACACACCUUCAAACACACUUUCACUGAGAGGAUGUUUCCAUACAUUAACACUGUGGAUAAAGUGAAGAUUUUACCAGAGAAGAUCUCUGUGACUGUGGAACACUAAUACAUGAUGAUGAUGUUCUGAAUCUUCGUCUCUGAUUCUCUUAGGGUUGUGUGACUGCGUUGUCAUGGUGAUGAUGAUGUUGUUUUGUUGAAUCAUUCAUUAUAACUUUGAGUAUUUCCACAGCAGGUCAAAUCUUGAUCCUGAUUGGUUGGUUUGUUGGAGUCUAUUUAAAGAUAAUCUGCUCAGCGUGUUAACUGGUUAACUCAUCUGUUGCUUCAGCUGCUGUGAACGUUUGAUUUCAGACUUUUUCACUUGAACUCUAAGGAGUCCCUGAAGGCAUCAUCUGUAUCUUUGUGUGCAUUAUGAGUUAUUAUCCUGCAUGGAGAGAAUGAAACAGUAAUGAUUAUUAUCUGAUCUGAAAUCACUCUACAUUUGUAGAAUAAUAACUUCAGAUCAUCACGUUUUACUCUUCUUACUAAAUCGUAGUUCCAUCUUUAAUCUUGUUGGUGUAGUCAGGGCUGUAACCAGGGUUUAGAAAAUAGUGAGGUCCAGAAUUCUUUCUGUUAAUAUAUCGUAUUCAAGGCAUUUUGGGACAUGCAAGAUUCAUGACCAAAUGAUACCUUCAAAUUUAACAGAAGCUAAACACCCAAACCAACACAAACUCACACACACAUUCACUUCCUGUAUGUAAAGUGAAUGAUCUGUAGAUCACGUGCAGCCUGAACUACGGGUGGUUACCCAAACAGAGCAUCCAUGACAUUCAAAAGUAAACAUUUUAAUCAGCUUUCAUUUCUUUUCCUGCAUUCUGGUCAGUUUUUAUUCAACAUUUUUUGUUUUGUUUCUGCAGAACUUUAUGAUUCUUAUCUCGUCUUUUUGUCCUUCUUGUGUCUUAUGCACAAUAAUGAAUGCAUUGAUUGAAUAUUUUAUAAACAUGUGGACUGGACAGUUGACUCUGCACUAUUCCAGCUCUGCAAAGUUUCUGUUUACAAGCAGCCAAUAUGUAAAAGUGAUAUAUAAUUUAGUACGGCAUUAUUUUGUUUAUGAACUUGUAAGAAUGGCAAACUGAACUUUUAAACAUGAUCCAGAUUGUGAUUAAUUUUCUGUGACAAAUGGUCAUACAGUGAUUUUA